UUUUCAUCCUUCUUGGUACAUGGGUUUGUGUAGAACAGAGAGAGAGAGAGAGAGAGAGAGAGAGAGAGAGGUAAAACUAGGAAGAGUUUUGAACUACAGCAGAGACACCUCGAACUUGGGUAGCUAGAAAGUUUCAGAGAUGCCUACAAUGGCUCAAGGUGGAAGAAGCAACUUCACGCACAGCAAUCAACAACAUCAAAUCAAUGGCAAAAUAUCGAAUUACGACAGCAAAGCUAAUUUAUUUGCCAGGAGGCAAAAGAUUCAGCACCAAAGAAAAUCUCUACCAAUAGCUUCAGUUGAAAAACGACUUGUGGAGGAGGUCCGAACUAAUGACACAUUGAUAAUUGUUGGUGAAACUGGAAGUGGAAAAACGACACAACUACCCCAAUAUCUAUUUAAUGGGGGAUUUUGCCAUGAUGGGGGAAUUAUUGGAAUCACUCAGCCUAGACGGGUUGCGGCUGUGACUGUUGCAAAAAGGGUGGCUGAGGAAUGUGGCGUUGAGUUGGGCCAGAAAGUUGGGUAUUCCAUCAGAUUUGAGGAUGCCACUUCCAGCUCAACAAGGAUCAAAUACAUGACAGAUGGAUUUCUUUUGAGGGAAGCAUUGUUGGACCCACAUCUCUCUAGGUAUUCAGUUAUUAUUGUUGACGAGGCUCAUGAGAGAACUGUCCAAACUGAUGUAUUGCUUGGCUUGCUGAAGAGUGUACAAAAAGCAAGGUCAAGGAGUAUCAGUGAACCUCUAAAUAUUGAUCAUACAAAAGCUAACAACGGCUCAUUGUUGAAGAAAGAAAAUGCUGUUCAAGGUGUCAGUAUUCUCAAGCAACAUCGUGGCAGAAGAUUCACUCCAUUGAAGUUAGUCAUCAUGUCUGCAAGUUUGGAUGCACGAAGUUUUUCUGAGUACUUUGGUGGUGCAAGAGCUGUUCAUGUUCAGGGGCGACAAUUUCCAGUGGAUAUACUCUAUACUCGUUCUCCGGAGACAGAUUAUGUAGAUGCUGCCUUAAUCACUAUAUUUCAGAUACAUUUGGAGGAGGGUCCUGGUGAUAUACUUGUAUUCCUGACUGGCCAGGAAGAGAUUGAAUCUGUUGAGAGGCUUGUCCAGGAGCGUCUUCUGCAAUUGCCUGAAGUCAAUCAGAAGCUUCUAACCUUUCCUAUAUUCUCAUCUCUUCCCUCAGAAAAGCAAAUGAAGGUUUUCAUGCCUGCUCCGGUUGGGUUUCGCAAGGUGAUAUUGGCUACUAAUAUUGCCGAGACUUCAGUGACUAUACCUGGAAUCAAGUAUGUUAUUGAUCCUGGUUUGGUUAAAGCACGCACCUAUUGUUGUCAGACCGGGAUAGAAUCAUUGAUUGUAGUAGCAACAUCGAAAGCACAGGCCCUUCAAAGAAGUGGGCGUGCAGGGCGUGAAGGACCUGGAAAAUGCUUUCGUCUCUAUCCAGAGAGUGAGUUCCAAAGACUUAAAGAUUCCACAAUGCCAGAAAUCCAACGAUGCAAUCUUUCAAAUGUUAUUUUGCAGCUUAAGGCUCUAGGUGUCGAUGAUAUUGUUGGGUUUGACUUCAUGGAAAAACCAGAUAGGAUUGCUAUCGUCAGAUCGUUGGAGUCAUUGUACUUGCUAGGUGCUCUAACAGAAGAAUAUAAACUGGCUGAACCAGUGGGGAAUCAAAUGGCUCGGCUUCCAGUGGAGCCUAUUUAUUCCAAAGCUCUCAUUCUUGCUAGUCAGUUUAAUUGCUUGGAAGAGAUGUUGAUAACUGUGGCGAUGCUUCAAGUGGAAUCUAUCUUUUAUACCCCUCGUGAUAAGUUAGAAGAGUCACGAACUGCAAUGAAAUGCUUCUCAAGUCCAGAAGGAGACCAUCAGACCUUGCUUAAUGUAUAUCGUACUGCCAAUGAGUUCUUAGAGAAGAGCAAAAUUGGAACCAGUAAAGAAAAAGCUGAAAAAAAUCUGAGAAAAUGGUGCAAGGAAAACUUCAUCAAUGGCCGCUCUCUAAGGCAUGCCCGUGAUGUUCACAGGUGGGCUGUAUCUUCCUUGUUGGUGUUAGAAGAAAUAUGUCAGGAUUCCCUUUUUGUAUUUGCAAGUUGUUGAAAAUGAGUGAUGUCUAUGUGUUGGUAUGUCCAGGCAUAUAAUAGUUUUCAACCUUCUGGUAUCACAUGCAAUGUGCUUUCUCAAUAUGGUUGUCAUGAUACCUUCUCAUAUGGUACAAAGUUGAUUUGUGAAUACAUGUCUAGAACUCAUAUCCACCUAAAAGCUUAAGUCGGUGGUGGGCUCAUCCAUUGUAUAAUAAGACACUUUUACUUCUUUUUCUUUCCAAUGUGGGAUACCCACACAUGUAAGACCCAAUAAUUUGUUAUAGUUCCUCCAGGCAUUUAGUUUAUUGGAUUCUUUGUUGCAGUCAAAUCAAGGGAAAUGUCGAACAAAUGGGCCUUCGUGUUACUUCAUGUGAAGAUGACAUGCUUCAGUUUCGCAGAUGCCUUGCUGCUUCCUUUUUCCUCAAUGCAGCUUUGAAGCAGCCUGAUGGUACAUACAGGGUUUUGUUUAGUGGUCAGAUGGUGCAAAUCCACCCCUCUUCUGUGUUAUUCCGAACAAAACCAGAGUGCAUUAUUUUCAAUGAACUAGUCCGAACUAAUCAUAAUUAUGUCCGCAACAUUACUAGGAUUGAUUACUUGUGGUUACCUGAGCUGGCUCCUCAGUGUUACACCUUGCAAGAGUCGGAAUCUUGGUGCUGAUCCUUAUGGAAGAUGGGUCUUGGAGGAUCUGUUGUUUUGGCAGAUAUUCUUGCUUCUUUUUCUGAGGUGCCCUUAUUUUGAAAUGCAUCUGAAACUGCUGGACUUUCGUCGUGGAACACAACACUAUCAUUCUGUUGUUAAUGGUGCAGGAAGGAAUUUGCCAGAUUUUAAUAGGCUGCUCAAUUCUGGUUCCUGCGGAUCUGUAUUGUUUUUAUGUUGAGCCAACUUCUUAGAGGGGGGCUCACUGUUUGUCAAGUCGGACCUCACCGCUACGACGCAUCUGAAGGCUCUGUUUUAGUUUGGCCUUGGGUGGAUUCAGUAUAGCAUGAACAUGUGGGUUUUGCAGAUGGCUUCAUGUUGACUGGGACAUACUUUGUUGUCGGAUCUCUCCCCUUCACUUCAUUAAGAACAUCUGCAUUAACUAGGUGGUAUUGCUUGUCAGAUUGUUGCAGCCAUGGAUGCCCUUGGCACCACCACUUGCUACCCAACCUGUGGCAGUAUAUGAGAACUAGAAGAAUUGGUUAUUCCAUGUCUUAAAUUAUCUUUUUCUGCUAAUGCUCUGAAUUCUGACUCUCUCUCCUGACUUCUGAGGUUAAUGUAAAUUUUUAUUUUGGUACUGCAGAGGUUAAUAUUAUACAUGUAACUUUUUAUUCCACUCCCAUAUUUGUGAGACUUUUAUCUAAUCUUG